AGCCAGCACUAGUACAGAAAAACGUCCACACUAAGUCAAAUUUGUUUUAUUUGCUGCAUCGGAAGAAUUGACAAUGUUUCUGGCUCGCACUGGUGAGAUACUGUAAAGGAUCAAAUUACUAGAGCAGUUACUCAAAUUGCUUGCGACUCGGAGCCAAGUGGACUUUGACAGAUUCCAAUGAACGCUAAUGGGAAUGGAGGCGCGGCCUCCUCAGGUGGCGCUGGCGCUGUGGAUGGUGUAGGUGCACGCGGGGGUGGUGCAGGCGUGGGUGCAGCUGCAGCUGGUUGCGGCGCAGUUGCUGGUGGAGCUGGACCUUCUGGUGGGCCGGCAGCUGCCGGUGGCGAGGCUGCAGCCAACGCACCCAAUGGCAACGCCAAUGCCAAUGCCAACGGCUCAAACACAGUCGGCGGUGCCAACGAGGACCAGGAAGCAAAGAGGCGCAAGUGCCUCGAGACGGAGGACACCCAGGAUGGUGCAAGCACAAUGAUCGAUGCCAGCAGUGUGCUGAACAAGAUCGCUCACCUCUACGCUGAGCAGCUGAUGUCGGACAUAGUGCUGCUGGUGGAUGGCAAGGAGUACCCCGCCCACCGGGUCAUACUCUGCGCCAGCAGCGACGUCUUUCAGGUGAUGCUAAUGAAUCCCGAAUGGAACGAGUGCAGCAAGCAUGUCAUCGAGCUGCACGAGGAGGCCUGCUGCUCGGCCGUCUUUCCGCAGUUCAUCAAAUAUCUGUAUGUGGGCCACAUCGAGGUGACGCUGCAGACGGUCAUGCCGAUGCUGGCCCUCUCCGAAAAGUACAAUGUGCGCGAUCUGAUCGAUCUGUGUGUGGGCUACAUGACGAAGCAUGUGGCCAAGGCAGCCACCAGCGGCUAUCUCGUCUCCUGGCUGCAGUACACACUCUCCUUCACGCCCACACAUAAUGAUCUCACCGAGACGCUGAAGCGUUUCCUCAAAUGGAACCUUGAGAUGGUCGCCGAGUCCAAGGACUUUGUCGAAAUGGAUCCAGCCAUUCUUGAGCUGCUGCUGCAGCAGAACGAUAUCGUCAUCUCCAGCGAGUACAAACUGUUCACGAUCCUGCAGACCUGGCUGCUGCAUCGCCGCGAACAGAUCGAGAGCACGCCCCACACCAGCCGCGAAAAGAAGGUCAACACCUUCAUGGAGCUGAUCGAGCAGACAGUCAUGCACAUUCGCUUCGGCAUGAUGACGCCGCGUCAGCUGUCGCAUCUAUUGAUUGACCCACUCACCGAGUACCACAAGGAGUUCCUAGUCGAGCGAAUUGCCAUUGGGAUGAGCUAUCAGUCCGGACAGGAGGAUCGGGUGCGACAAGUGCGGGCCAGCGAGUGCGGCGAGCUGCAGUUCACGCCCAGACUCUACUGGAACGACACUUGGAGUGUGGACAUCAAUGUGCCCAACUUUGACCGGAUCGAGCGCUACGUCAACUAUGUGACCUGCUUCUUUUCACAGCGCAGCAUUGCGGAAACUGACGAUGAUCCUUGCAUGACCUGGGAGAUUGAGUUCUUUCCGCGAGGCGUCAAAUACAAUAGGGCCAAAAUGGUUUGGGGCGAGGACGUGCCUGGCUGCUAUUUGAAUACGGUGCGCUUGCGAGUCACCUGCAAGAACCAGAACAUUGACGAGGAGCGCUUUAAGAUCGCUGUGCUGAUUGUGGGCGUGCAGAAUCAGAUAACGCACAUUCGGACAAUGGUGGAGCGCACCGAAUACUUUUCGGAAACGUCGCGCGUCAUCAAUUUGGAUAACCUGUUGCCGUACGAGGAGCUGGAGCUGGAAUCAACGUCCUUGAGCCCCCAUCUGAGUGGUAAUCAGCGCAACACGCUCACCCUUCAUGUGGUGAUCACGCCAAUGGGCACCCACACGUGCCGCGAAACGCCGCCAUUUCAGUUCUAAACUACUCAGAUCUGUACCCUCCAUACGCCCGCAGCCCCCCAACCCCAGACCCUCCCAUUGUGUGCACGUACCUACCUACGGUAGCCACGGUAUUUCACUUUCCAUUCUACAUUUUAUGUGUGUAUUUACAUAUGUGUGUGUAGGGCAAGAACACGAUCUCCCCUAUCCUGCGCAAAGAAUAUAGAGUUGAGGGAUAUACCCCUGCCCUCCUCCGCCUUCUCCAAGAAAGUGUAUUUAAUAUGUUAUGAAGAAUUUUUUUUGUUUUUUCUCUGUCUAAGUUAAACAUAAACAAACAAACAAACAAAAGAGAAGACGAAGAAGAAGGUUAUGUAGGCCGGGGCCAUUAUUUCAGUAUCCGAACCCUAGCAAUUAGUGUUAGAAAGAGACAAAUCUGUAAAACUGUGCAUCCAAGUGUGUGUUUACUGUACUGU